GCAAUGCCAUGGCGCAAUGUUAUCAGCCAGCUUAUCGACCUCCAGAUCUCUGGCUGUAAUAGCCUGACUGUCCUUGACGUCGCUCUUGCGGUGCUCUUCCUUGUCUUUCUCUUCAUACUCAUUCGUCGCGGCUCUUCUCCUCCUGGCCCCUUUGGUGUGCCCUUCAUAGGUGUCGCCUGGCAGAUCCCGUCGGAUAAGCAAUGGCUGAAGUUUCACGACUGGAUUUCGCAUUACGGUGACGUCGUGGCGAUCACCGUUAUGGGAAGGCCAACCCUUAUCCUUGGGUCUGUCAAGGCGGCGAACGAUCUUCUCGACGCUAAAGGCACCAUAUACUCCGACAGACCCAACGCCGUCAUGGCGGGAGAACUCGUCGGCUGGGACCGCGGCCUUGGAUACGCGCACGCGCCCGACAACCCCCGCUUCCGCGAGUUCCGCAGACUCUUCCAACAAUUUAUCGGGCCUCGCGCGUGCCUAGACUCGCACAUCCUUGCCAUCCAGGAGCAAGAGACGCACCGGCUCAUGUUGCGCUUCCUUCGAGACCCCACGAACUUCUAUAGGCAUCCGCGCGAGUCGACUGGAGCACUCAUCCUUCGUCUCGCGUACGGCUACCAGGUGGCUAGGGAUGCCGAAGAGGACCCGCUUGUGCGCGUGGUCGAGGUUGCGAUGCAGGGAUUUGCGAAGGCGUCAGAGCCUGGCGCAUUCCUGGUAGACAGCUUUCCCUUGCUGCGGUAUGUGCCCGAGUGGCUACUCCCCAGGGGCGGGUUCAAGGCAGUCGCGAGGCGUAUGCGACGGGAGCUGGACGAAAUGUAUGAUCUGCCGUUCCGGUUCGCGAAGACGCAGAUGGAAGCAGGAAAAGCUGUCCCUUCUUUCACGACGAGCUAUCUCGAGGAGAAGAUCACCCCAACGCCUGCAGACGAAGAGCUCAUCAAGGCCGCGGCUGCAUCACUGUACUCGGGCGGUGCUGACACUACACCAUCCUCUAUGACCGCAUUCAUACUCGCGAUGACACUCUGGCCUGACGUCCAGACCCGUGCACAAGCGGAGCUUGACUCCGUCCUUGGCGCGUUCUGGACCCGACUCCCGACGUUCGCCGAUCGUGCUCAGUUGCCAUACGUCAAUGCGAUCGUCCUAGAGGUGCUCCGAUGGAACCCAGCCGUCCCGCUCGGGCUUGCGCACCGGCUCACGCAGGACGACGUAUACCGGGGCUGGUUCAUACCCAAGGGCACGGUCGUUUGGGCGAAUAUUUGGUCAAUGCUACAGGAUCCUACCGUUUUCCCUGAGCCCCAAGUAUUCAGACCGGAGCGAUACCUCAAAGAGGAUGGGACGCUGCACGAAUUAGAGCGCCAUGAAGACCCGUCUAUCAUCGGUUUCGGCUUCGGACGGAGGAUCUGUCCUGGAAUGUUUUUCGCGAUGAACUCGGUCUUCAUCGGGAUCGCCACCAUGCUCUACGUCUUUCAUAUCUCUAAGAGUACAGACGAAAAUGGCAACGACAUUAUCCCUGCGAUUGACUUUCGAGGCUUUAUCAGUCACCCCGUCCCGUUCAAAUGCGAUAUCACUGCGAGGUCCGAAGAGGCUGCUGUACUGAUCAGAAAGAUGGCGGGGGAAGAUUAG